UGGUGGAGGUUAUGGGGGGGAAUGAUGGUGAUAGUGACGGAAGGGGAAGGAACGGUGAACGGUAACGUCAGUACGAAGAAGUUCGCGCGCUCUUCCGUAUCAUCUCUUCUUUCCUCCUCUUGCGCGGUGUGUUUGUCUCUUGCUUAAGUCUUAUCUAUGUGUUCGCGUAGUGUUAUCUCUGUGUGUGCGUGUAUAUGUACGCGCGUGUACUUAGAGUUUAUCUAUCUAACGGGUCGCCGAUAAAUGUCGUCGUAACCGGCUCUUUAAGCAUAUUUCGAUCGAAAACGAUCCUUGAAACGUUUUCAUGAAACGCUACGCACCUUUUUACGAUCUUUUUUUAUUGGAUUUUUCGAAAUUGAAGAAAAAAUAAAUAGAAAUAAAAAAAAAAAAAAGAAAAAAGAAAAAGAUAAGAAGAAAAUAAUAAUAAGAAAAAAAGUAAAAAAUUCACGGAACGAGAAGAACAACAAUUACGUUUGAUCUCUCUUCUUUUUUUUUCUUUUUUUGUUGUUUUUAUUUCGGUUUCGAUAUUUCUCAUUUUUGUUAACAUUUUUUUCUUUAUUUUUCUUUUUUUUUUUUUUAUAUAUAUCUUGAACAUCGACAAUUGGAUUAUAUAUCGUAUAUAUAUAUAUAUAUAUAUAUAUAUACCGGGCGAUAUUAUAAAGUUGUAUUUUUGUUUCUCAACGAUACGAUGUGAAACGUAAGCAAAGAGAGUUCGAAGACACCGCGGGGGAGAGAGAGAGAGAGAGAGAGAGAGAGAGAGAGAGAGAGAGAGAGAGAAAAGAAAGAGUGAGAUAGAAAGAGAGAGAAAGAGAGAGCAGUGCCAUCCCUCGGAUCAGGAAGCGUUUUCCAAGGCCACGUGGACCACGUUGGGAGCCCCCACAAAAUAUGUGCCAGUAUGUCCGAGAGAGGUAUGCAAGAAGCAGCUUGCGAGGAGAUCGAGAAACAGGCUUCUCUUUACGUAUUCCCGGGAGUUUCUCGUCAGCAGCAACAACAACAGCAACAACAACAAUAUCAAGGAAAUACUAUAUCAACCCUACAACUCCCACCAUUAUCAGCACCUACUAUACUUGGUUCCAUGAGAACCAACGAUGUAGGAGAGAUCAAGGAUAUCGAGGAUCCUUCAUCUCGAUUAAGAAGAAGACCAUAUUCAAAGACCCAUACAAGAUCAGCCAGUCAUGGUGGUGUCCUAGCGAGUUCAAGCGUUACGACAAAUCCAAUAACAUAUCAAACAUCAUGGCAAACACCACCCUGGCCAACCGGUGGUGGAUCAUAUUUAGGUCCUUUACCAACGUUAACCGGUCCGAUCCGACCGUCGGCAUUGAAAAAACCAGGACAUCAGAGAGCAUUCAGUCAAGGACAGGUUGUAGAUGUUCAAAGUCAACUUCCUGUUUCGGGGCACAGUCGUGUUGGCUCAAGAACAGAUUUUAUUUUGCCCCCUGGCCACAGAGAGGAAUCACGGCCGUCGACUGCUGGAAAAGUGCCCUCCUUUCGUGGACAUUCCAGGCAAGCCUCCAGAUCGGAAUCAAUUUAUACAAUAAGACGUAGCGCGGCACCGCCAUUAUGGAGAAGAAUUUGGGCACGUUAUUUUGGAUCUUUACCAGAGGAGCCCAGAUUAAGGACCAUCGUACCUAAUCACUUGGUACCACCGCGUACCUCAAAAAGUCAACAUCCAAAUGGAGGAAGGAUGAACAAUAGGAUAAAGACAACGAAAUAUACGAUCCUGAACUUUAUACCACGUAACCUGUUCGAACAGUGCCGACGUAUUGCUAAUUUAUAUUUUAUAUUCAUCGUUCUACUUAAUUGGGUACCAGAUAUCAAUGCAUUUGGAAAGGAAGUGGCAAUAAUACCAGUUGUAUUUGUAUUGGGUGUAACAGCUUUGAAAGAUAUUUUUGAAGAUCGAAGAAGAUCUAUGAGCGAUCGUAGAAUCAACAAUUCAACAUGUCGCGUAUAUGUUGGGGAAGGUGGUAGAUACAUGCAAGUUGCAUGGAAGGAUGUAAAGGUCGGUGACCUGGUACACCUUUCAAACAACGAAGUAGUACCGGCAGAUCUAUUACUUCUCCGUAGCAGUGAUCCUCAGGGUUUAGCUUAUAUCGAUACCUGUAAUUUAGAUGGCGAAACGAAUUUAAAACAGCGACAGGUUGUACGUGGUUUUUUCGAAUUACAGGAUACAUUUCAACCGGCAAAAUUUCGUUCAAUGCUUGAGGUUGAUCAACCUAGUACUAAAAUAAAUAGGUUUCAUGGUGCUGUAGUACAUCCAAAUGGCGGCAGGGUACCGGUUACAAUUGAUAAUUUAUUACUCAGGGAAUGUUUGUUAAAAAAUACUGACUUUAUUGAAGGUAUUGUGGUCUAUGCUGGACAUGAGACCAAAGCUAUGUUGAAUAAUGGUGGUCCAAGGCACAAGCGUUCGCGUUUGGAGAAAAGGAUGAACUGCGACAUAAUAUGGUGUAUGGUAAUAUUGGUAAAAUUGUGCAUGAUCGGUGCAAUUGGUUAUCGAUUAUGGUUAUCGUCCUUUUCAUCGACAAUUUUGAUCCCCUUUCUUCCCGUUUUACAAGAUCCUAAUUACGAGAGUAUGAUUACAUUUUGGACAUUUGUUAUAAUCCUACAAGUUAUGAUACCAUUGAGUUUAUAUGUGACAAUUGAAAUGGCCAAAAUCGGACAGAUAUAUCACAUUGGUCGUGACAGUUUUUUGUACGACAAAGAAACUGGACGUAGAGCUGAAUGCCGUGCUUUGAAUAUUACUGAAGAAUUAGGUCAGGUUCAGUAUAUAUUUUCGGAUAAGACUGGAACAUUGACGGAGAAUAAGAUGUUAUUUAGAAGGUGCGCAGUAGGUGGACAAGAUUAUGCGCAUGAGGGCGAGGGUGAAAAUUUAAUACCUUGUCCAAGAUUAAAAGAAGACUUGUUGAUUGGUACAUUUAGGCAUCGUUUACAAGAGUUCCUUAUCGUAUUGGCAACUUGUAACACGGUUGUGGUUAAUUCUCAACCGCAUCAUGAUAUUAUGAACUCGAGUGGUCUUAUCGAAGAACCACAUAAAAAUGGUAGUGGACCGACAAGAUACGAGAGAUUGUCCGAGUCAAGAAGCGUGACCCCAUCACCGUCACCCUCUAUACCACCAUUACCAUUGCCUACACCACCAGCAAGUAUAACAGGUGAUAGUUCAUCGCCAAUCUCAUCUAUCAUAGAUUCGGCUGCGGUUCUUAACGAUACACCUAAAUUACAAUCUAAAGUGGUUAGGCCAAAAUUAUUAAACGUAACGUCGAUACCGAGCUUAAGUUUGGGAUUAUUAUCGAGAAAACAAUCACCUAACGGUGGACAAAAGAGACGUAAUAUUUUGAGUCCGAUAUUUGAUAUGAGCGGAAAGUCAGUCGAACAACUGACACCAACGCCAGCAAUUUACGAAGCUGAAAGUCCUGAUGAGUUGGCAUUGGUCAAUGCAGCAAGAGCAUACGAUGUUAAAUUACUUAAACGUACACCUCGCAAUACUAUAAUUUCAUUGCCUGACAAGUCGAUUCUAAGUUAUGAGAUUUUAUAUGUUUUGCCAUUCGAUUCUAGCAGGAAGUGUAUGUCAGUUGUCGUACGUCAUCCAUUAACCGGUGAAAUCAUUUUGUAUAGCAAGGGAGCAGAUACUACGGUGUUAGCGUCAUUGACAUCAAGCGAUGAAAAUUCUAUGACCUCGGCUAAGAUCAGGCAACAAUUAAAUUCUUAUGCCCGUCAAGGUCUUCGCACAUUGGUAAUGGCAAGAAGAUCAUUGACCCAACAAGAAUAUGAAACAUGGCAUGAGAAACAUUUGGAAGCGGAAUUGGCCAUUGAAAAUCGUGAACGUCGUAUACGAGACUCUUAUGCCAGUUUGGAAAAUCAUAUGACGUUGUUAGGUGCAACCGGGAUCGAAGAUAAAUUGCAACCUGGUGUACCGGAAACUAUCACCGCUCUUGUUAAAGCUGGAAUAAUAGUUUGGGUUCUAACAGGUGAUAAGCCAGAAACAGCGGUGAACGUUGCUUACUCGGCAGGUUUAUUUUCUCCGGCAAUGCAACUUUUGCAAUUACAAACUAGAUCGAAAUCUGUCGCGGAAACUUUAAUCCGUGGUUAUUUGGAAUCAGCUAAAAGGGAUAAUAUAAUGAACGAUGGUGUUGAUAAUCGUAAUGAGGAUGGUAUAGCUAUGUAUAGUUAUGAUUUAACGGAAAGGGAUGCUCAUAGGAUAGGUAGUCCAUGGCCAAGGAAACGUGCACUUGUAGUUGAUGGUAAAACGUUGACGGUCAUACUAGAUCCAAGAUCUGGUUUAACAGGUCCUUUCCUUGAAUUAACAAGAACCUGUUCCAGUGUACUUGCUUGUAGAGCUACGCCCCUACAAAAGGCUUAUAUAGUACGUAUAGUGAAGGAACAAUUAAGAAUGAGAACAUUGGCUAUAGGCGAUGGUGCUAAUGACGUGAGCAUGAUACAAACAGCCGAUGUUGGUGUUGGUAUAUCCGGUCAAGAAGGUAGACAAGCGGUUAUGGCCGCUGAUUUUGCUAUUUGCAGAUUUUACAUGUUAAAUAGACUUUUACUGUUACAUGGACAUUGGUGUUACGAUAGAUUGUCCAGAAUGAUAUUGUAUUUUUUUUAUAAAAAUGCCACUUUCGUAUUCCUCAUAUUUUGGUUCCAGUUUUACUGUGGUUUCUCCGGUGCGGUAAUGAUAGACCAAAUUUAUCUGAUGUUGUACAACCUGUUGUUCAUUUCUCUACCACCUCUUGUACUAGGCGUAUACGAUCGAAUAACCACACCGAAUAUUUUACUUUCUAUGCCGGAACUUUAUAAAAGGGGACGAUUGGGUUUAGUUUAUCGGCCGAUCUCCUUUUGGAUCACUAUAGCCGACGCCUUUUACGAGAGCAUCGUCAUAUUUUUUACCAUCUUCAUAACGUAUUACGAUACAACCGUUGAUAUAUGGGAAUUUGGAACGACCAUAACUACAGCGUGCAUUUUUUCAAUGCUAUUACAUGUAUCGAUAGAAACAAGAUCUUGGACGAUAA